CCCGGGGACCCCCCCGAGCUGGAAGCGGCGUUCCGGCGGCUCCGCUGCCAGCGCGUCCUGGCCCGGCGCGACGGCGUUUUCCGCCCGGCCGUGGUCAAGCAGCUCCGGCGCGGCCACGAGCUCGGCGUUCAGUUCGCCGGCGACCGCGGCGUGACUUUCCUGGAGGGCGGCUUCCUCCUCGGAGACCCGCCGGCCGUGGUGUUGGACGCCACGCCGCCGGCCGGAGCGCUGGGCGUGGGCACGGCGGUGUGCGCCCGCCUGGACCCCGCCGAGACUCUCUACCGGCCGGGCACGGUGGUGGAGGUGAGCGCCAAGCCGCCCUCGUACCGGGUGCGCUUCGCUCCGCCGCCCCCCGCGCCCCCCGUGUGGGUGCCGCGCUCGGGGCUCCGCCUGCUGCGACCCCCGUGGCCGCCGCACGCCCGCGGCGACCCCGCCGAGGAUGAGGAGGACGAAGCCGCCGCCGCCGCUCCGAGGCAAGCGGAGGACGCCGAGGUUUCCAAGCUGAGCGCCGGAGCCCCGGCCCGGCCCGGCGCGGCUCCGCCGGCCGCGGGAACCCCGCAGAGCUCGGCCGGGGGGACCCCGCAGCCCAAAUACAAGAAGGGCGACGUGGUUUGCACCCCGAACGGCAUCCGCAAGAAAUUCAACGGCAAGCAGUGGCGGCGGCUCUGCUCCCGCGACGGCUGCACCAAAGAGUCGCAGCGGCGCGGCUUCUGCUCCCGUCACCUCUCCAUGCGCACCAAGGAGCUCGAGGGGCUCCCCGAGACCCGCGGGGGACCCCCGGGACCCUCGAGCCAACGCGGCGGCAGCGCCGAUUUCGAGUGGGGAGACGAAACGUCCCGGGAGAGCGACGGCGACGGCCGCGCUCGGCUCGGCGGAGCGGCCGCGGCGCCGCCGCCCAACCCGGACCUGUCGCGCUUCGAGUUCGACGAGUGCGAAGCCGCCGUGAUGCUCGUGUCGCUGGGCUCGUCGCGCUCGGGCACGCCGAGCUUCUCGCCGGCCUCCACCCAGUCUCCCUUCUCGCCCGCUCCUUCCCCGUCCCCGUCUCCCCUUUUCGGUUUCCGCCCCGCCAACUUCAGCCCGGUCAGCGCCUCGCCCCGCGCCCGCGGGCGGCACCUGAGCGCCGGGACCCCGCGGCCCGGGGAGGGGCUGAGCCCUCCCCCUCCGCCGCCCCCUCCUCCCCCUCCGCCGCCCCGAGCCCGGCCGCCGUCGGGGCUGCCGCCGGUGUUCCAGCCCGGCCUGCCGUUCCCGGUGCCGCUGAGCCCCGGUAAGCGCAAGGCAGAGGCGGCGGAGCCCCCGGAGAGCGGCGGCACCGGCACCGGGGGGAUGUUCCGAGCGCUGUCGCCGCUGUUCGCCCCCCGCUCCCCCGCGGGGCUCACGGCGGACCCCGGCCCCGCCGCCCGCCGCGUCCCCCCGGUGCCCCGCGGCUCUCCGGUCAUCGUCCGCAACCCCGACGUGCCGCUGCCCGACCCUCCGCGGCCUCGCCCGCUGCCCCCGCCCCAAAAAGCCGCCCUGGCCGCGCCCGUGCCCAUCAACGCCGGCCGCCUGCGACCCCCGAGCCGCCCGCAGCCGCCCCCCGGCCCCGCCGCCGCCCCCGGCGCCGCUUUCGGGGCUCCCCCGCUGCACCCCGCGCCUUUCCACCCGUCCCCCGCCGCGCUGCUGCCGCUGCUCCGGUGCCGGGGCUUGCCGUGUGUCGGUGACGUCAUCGUGACGUCACGGCGGUGCCGGGGCUUGCCGUGCGUCGGUGACGUCACGGUGACGUCACGGUUGCGUCCGACCAGCGGCGGGGCUGGCAGGGCAGGGUUAAAUGAUGGUGAUGACGUCACGGUGACGUCACGGCGGCACCAGGGCCGCAUUGGGAUGGCGUUAUGCAUCAUAGUGACGUCACAUCUGGACCAACGUGGAGCCGCGCUCGGUGCCCGUGUUCCCGUGUCCCAUGUUCCCGUGUCCCAUGUUCCCGUGUCCCGUGUCACAUGUCCCAUGUCCCGUGUCCCGUGUCCCCGCAGUCUGGACCAACGUGGAGCCGCGCUCGGUGCCCGUGUUCCCGUGUCCCAUGUUCCCGUGUCCCAUGUUCCCAUGUUCCCAUGUCCCGCAGUCUGGACCAACGUGGAGCCGCGCUCGGUGCCCGUGUUCCCGUGGCACUCGCUGGUGCCGUUCCUGGCGCCCAGCCAGCCCGACGCCGCCCCGCAGCCCCCGGCCGGGGCCGGCCUGCAGCCCGUCAGCCACCUGCCCCCCGCCGCCAGCAAAG